CGACGCUGCCCAACACAAACGACCACUGCUGUCACGACCGUCUUCCUCUCACACCCCUCACACAUCCCCUCUCCACACACCAAGCACCUCUCUAGACCUUCAUACCGCUCUCCUGCGACUUCCGACUACCUCUUCAGCCUUUUCAUCCCCGCCCGGGCUCACACGAUGGCAACAAGGCCUCAGCAAGGCGGCAGACCCGGCGGCGCCCGUUUCGCCCAGUUCAAGCUGGUCCUGCUAGGCGAGUCUGCGGUCGGCAAGAGCUCCCUCGUGCUACGAUUCGUGAAAGAUCAAUUCGACGACUACCGAGAAUCCACCAUCGGAGCCGCGUUCCUCACACAAACAAUAGCCCUCGACGACCAGACGACCGUCAAGUUCGAGAUAUGGGACACGGCGGGACAGGAGCGGUAUAAGUCGCUGGCGCCCAUGUACUAUCGCAACGCCAACUGCGCCGUAGUGGUGUACGACAUCACUCAAGCUGCCUCACUAGACAAAGCCAAGUCGUGGGUGAAAGAGCUCCAACGCCAAGCAAACGACAACAUCGUCAUCGCGCUCGCAGGCAACAAACUCGAUCUCGUCACCGAACAGCCCGACAAGCGCGCCGUCCCCACCGCCGACGCCGAAGCCUACGCCAAAGAAGCCAACCUGCUCUUCUUCGAGACGAGCGCCAAGACGGCGGAGAAUGUGAAGGAGCUGUUCGCCUCGAUCGCCAAGAAGUUGCCCAUCGAGCAGGCUACGCAAAGAGGUGUGAGGGGAGGUCCGGCGGGCGGCAGGCCGGGUGGUGUGGAUCUGGGUGCGAGAGCGGAGAGUGGGACUGCUGCGGGUGGGGCGGGAGGAUGUCAAUGCUGAGCGGCUGCAAGAAAGAGGGAUCCAAGGCGGAUGUAAUCGAUACGAGAAGAUGCUCAAUCCUUUGUCCAAUCUGGGUCUGAGCGUGCUUUCAUGUGGCCGACCGGCGCGAUAGAGUCUCGUGCACAACACACAUGGUGGUCGGUUGGCUAGGGAGUCGAAGGCGUUCGAUGAUACGUUCGAUUGAUGAGGAGGUGCGCGUUCGAUACCAUUGCGUAGGUAGUCUAGGCAUUAUCUAAC